CCGCCUCCACUCUGCCCCAUACACAAACAGCAGCAGUGAGCCGAGAGUAAAUAGAGAGAACCCCAAGAUGGCGGAGUCAGUGAGCUUCAUUCACUUCGCAGUACCUGAUAAAAACCCUCUCUCGAAGAGCAAGCAGCCCUCAGGAACGACGGAGAACCGACCUCAGUCUUCCCGUGAACACCAUCCUCCGCCACCCAAGAAAGUGCGAAACGAGGAGAAGAGCUUGAAACCCAAGAAAUUGAAUGGCGAAGGGGUGGGAGUCGGUGGAGGUGAGAGGCAGCCCCAGAAGCAGAGUUAUGGCAGCCCGACAACAUGGAGCUUCAGUCCCAUUAAGCCGAGCAGCACCACGGCACCAGUGCAUCCGCCUCUACAUAAAGUCUUCAAGCAAAGCGCAUUCCUCGCAUCACCGCCGAAAAUCAAAAAGCCCAAAGAGAAACGAGAGAAGGAAAAAGAAAAGAAGAAACACGCGACACCCGCCGAAAUGAACAACCUUGCCAGUACUGGGAUGAAGAAGGAGAACGGGGAUAUGAAGUUGGUGCAGAAAGAUCACAGCAACAAAGACAAGAAAGAGAGGAGAAAGGACAAAGAAAGAGAAAAAGACAAAGAGAAAAAGAAACACAAAAUUAUGAAUGAAAUCAAGAGGGAGAAUGGAGAGGUGAAGCUCGUUCAGAAAGAAGACAAAGAGAAACCAAAAAUAAACCUGGAGGAGUUGCAGAUUAAAAAAGUGAAGAAGAAAAAAAAAAAGAAACACAAAGAGGAUGAAAAACGAAAGCGACCCAAGAUGUACAGCCGCUCCUGUCAGACAGUGUGCUCUGGUGCUCUCCUGGACCUUCCAGGCCUGGCAGCUGAGCUCUGCGAAGAUUUUAAACCCACUCCACCUUUUCACCCAGCUGGUGUCAUGUCGGCCAGGGAUGAGAGGUGUUGGAAGCACACAGGCGUUCAGAAAGGCCCACCAGGGACGGAAAGAAUGGAGUUUGGUCGCCUGGUGCAUGUGGAGCAACAGCCCAAUGGUGGCGCACUGGUGGUCCAUGCUUACAGCAGUGAGCUGGCACAACUCUCCCCAAUGGAGAUGCAGCGCUUUGCCCAGGAGUUUGUCACACUGGCAUUCAGUGAGGACAAGGAUGGUGCAGCGCACUACGUCAUGUCCAUUGUGCAUGGCGCUGCCUCUUAUCUUCCAGACUUCUUGGAGUACUUCUCCCUCAAGUUUCCCAAUUCACCCGUCAAGAUGGAAAUCCUAGGGAAGAAGGAUAUUGAGACAACCACUAUGUCAAACUUCCAUGCUCAGGUGAAGAGGACCUACUCCCAUGGGACAUACCGAGCUGGUGCCAUGCGGCAGAUCAGCCUGGUGGGUGCUGUGGAUGAAGAGGCAGGUGAUUUCUUCCCAGAGUUCCUUAACAUGCUCGAGGAAUCGCCCUUCUUAAAACUCACACUGCCUUGGGGCAGUUUAUCCAGCCUGAAGCUGCACAGCCCCACGGAUAGCGACGACGGCCCCAUCAUGUGGGUGCGCCCGGGAGAGCAAAUGAUCCCCGUGGCCGACAUGCCAAAGUCCCCUUUCAAGAGGAAAAGGUCGACCAAUGAAAUAAAGAACCUCCAGUACCUACCUCGGGCCAGUGAGCCACGUGAGAUGCUCUUUGAAGACCGAACACGGGCUCACGCUGACCACAUCGGCCAGGGGUUCGAUCGACGAACGACUGCAGCUGUAGGCAUGCUGAAGGCUGUGUGCUGCGGGGAGAGUGUGGACACCCCUCGGAUAACCAAAGACGUGAUCUGCUUCCAUGCGGGGGAUUUCCUGGAUGUGGUGCAGAGGCUACAGCUGGACUUGUAUGAGCCUCCACUGUCACAGUGUGUGCAGUGGGUGGAUGAUGCCAAGCUAAACCAGCUGCGGCGAGAAGGCAUUCGCUAUGCGCGCGUCCAGCUCUACGACAACGACAUCUACUACAUCCCGCGCAAUGUGGUGCACCAGUUCAAGACUGUGUCAGCCGUCUGCAGCCUGGCCUGGCACGUGCGCUUGAAACAGUACCAUCAGGAGGCUGAGACAGAGGGGACGGAAGGGGCCGAGGAUGGGAUUGAGGCAGCCAGCACCAAGCAGGAGUCCUCUAGAGACGAUAGGCAACCGCUUCCCAGCGUCAAAACGGAGCCAAUAGACUUUGCUCCUGAUGGGCUUCCAACGCGGACAUCUUUGGGGCCCGAGAAUAGGCCAGAACCACACUACCAGUACCACUGGCACUGUCCUCCCACAGGCCCUACAGAGGGCAGGACGUGGCCCACCCCGGCCCUCGCUGAGGCGCCUGAGGACACAUUGUACCCAAAGCCUUCUGAGUCCCGCCUCCCCAAACAUCCGCUGCACGAGCAGCCGAAAGACUUUUUAUACUGAUUUGUACAUAGCAUUUUUAAAUCGCUAAUUUCCCUCACUGUUUUGUUUUAACAAUCAGAAAAGAACAAACAGACAAGAAAACCACACAGAAAACCCCGAGGUAUGAAAAUGCCGUAUGGACCAUGUGAACCCCCCCACAGGGCACAGGUUCGGCCCGUGCUCCUAUCUGUCGAACGAAUACACGGCAAAUGUAGCUUCUUACAUUCCUCAGUGCCUGUCUGUAACUGUGAAUGCUCCGAGCACUAAGGGCCAGCCACACUGUUACAUACCAGGAUGGAAAUCAACCGGUCCUCAGAUAAUAUAUUUUUAAGUUGGAGAUUAUACAUAGACUAGAGCUGACAUGAACACAUACAGUAUAUUUUUUGUAAGAGACAGAAUUCUUUUAAUGACUACAGCCUUUUUCCAUAGAGCUUAUUUAUAUUUUUUGUUCUCAUUUUAAAUGUCAGCACUGUAGUGUAAAUAACUUUUUAAAAAACAAAAAGACAAAACUUGUAGUGUGAUUUCUACAUCAAUGGGAGCCUCAUAAUAAAGGUUCGCUUUACUGGG